AUGGCCUCGGCUAGAGACGGGGUGACAGAGGCCUCUGCCCGCGUGCCAACCAUCAUGCCAUCAGCACCCAAAACUGGAGGCCGGGCGGGGUGGACUACUAUGGAGGCUAGGUGGGCCGCCGCGGAGAAGGCGAUGCAGGAGGAGAUGGAGGCGGAGGAUCUCACCCCCUCGCUGUCCAAAGCCCUGAUGCUUGGGGACGACCGGGUAGCACAGCUCUCCCAUGCACGGGUCCUGGUGGAGGACAGCCUGCGGAAUUGGAAGGCUGUCCACCAGAUCCUAGCUGCUGAAGAAGAAGCCCGCGCACGAGAUGUCCUCAACGCCGAGUCACCGAAGAAGUGGCUGGAGGAGGCUAUGUCCCUGGAGCGCGCUGCGGAGCAGAAGCUUUUAGAGGCCAAGCAAACGGCCGUGGCUGGGGUGACAGAGGCGAGGUGCAUUCGCCAAUCGGCGCAGAAGAAAGUCGAAUCCCUGGAGAAACAAUGCGCCGGCCUCCGCCUCGCCACCAGCAACUUUGAGGAGCGCCUCUCCGUCGUGACACGCGAAGUCGCCCGCUUGGAGAAGGCUCAUCAGGAGGCGGAGUUUGCCGCUACUGAGGCCAUCGAAGCGCUUAACAGCAGCGUGUCGAAGGAGGAAGCCACUGCCGUCGAACUGAAGAUGGUCACCGAGCGGGCCGUUCGCGCCGAGGGGGCCCUGGAAUCCCUUAAGGAGUCGAUGGCAGAGGCGGAGGCUGCCAUUCAGGAGCGUGAUCGUACGCUGACCGAGCGGGAGACAUCCCUGGCCCAGCGCGAGCAGGAGCUUGAAGCCGGGGAGAAGAAGCUGCAGGAGCGCAACUCCAAGCUGCUCCAGGAUGCCCACGGGGUCAGGGAGGAGCUCAUCAAAAUCCAGGCCUUCAAGGAGGAUGAGGACCGCCGCAAGAGGGCCCUGGAGCAGCGUGAGAAGGAGGUGGCCGUCAAUCAUGCGAUGAUCCUGGAGAAGGCUGCCGCGUACGAUGGUCUCGCCGCCGAGUACGCGGCACUUCAGCAGCGACUCAGCGACGCGAGCGGGAGCCAAGCCCUCGAAUUCGCCAGGAAGGCACUGAAGCAAGCCCUGCUCGCCGCCAGGGACGCCGUCAGGGGCCUGGGCUUGGAGCUGCCGCCACUCUCGGAGGGCGCAGAGAUGAGCACCGUCGCUGGGCCAUGCCGGGGCUUCGAAGACCUCGCCAGCUGUCUUGACGCUGCCCCGCCAAAGUUGAUGGAGGCCCAAGUCGACGACAGCCGCUAG